UCUGUGUCUGUCUUCUUCUUCUUCUUCCUCGUCCUUAAGAGCUUGGAAAUUGAGCACGACCGACCAGUGACGAAGGCAUAGACGCAGUAGAUCCUCGAUUCGCCUCCUCUGAUUCGAUUGUUUCGCUUGAAUUACACAUAGAUCUGUUCCUUUUCCUUUGUGUCACUGUCAUCAUAACCUUCACCAUUGCCAGUAAUGAUAAGUUGAAGGAAGAAUCAAAUAUGGAGGUUGAUCUUCAAAAGUCUCUUUCUUCGCGCCUAAAUCGAAGAGGAGACCGAAGUAAUCAAAAUCCACAAGCUAAAGAUUUUGAAAUGGGCUUCUUUUCCUCAGGGAGGGUACCCCAAGAUUACCCCAUGAAGAUUGUUUGGAAGAAAGGGUUUAUUCGAUUGAUUCUUGUAAUAGGGAUCUUGUGGAUGUUACUAAUUCUUAUUGCAUUGUUGUUCCAUAUAUGGUCUUGUCAAUCUUCUGUUUCCUUUUUAUCAGCUAUGUGUAAUAAAGAUAGCAAGGUUUAUACCAUGUUAGACACUAUGGGACUUGUAUCAAAACCUCACAGGUGUCCAAUUCCUCUUUCCAAUGACCCUGAUAAGAUAGUUAUCCCAACUGGAAGAACUCCUGACAAUGAUGUCAAAAAAUUAUUGUAUGUUAUGGAAGAUGAGGUUCCACAUAAUGGUUCUCAGUCAUCUCCUCUGUUUGGAGGCCAUCAAAGUUGGAAACAGAGGGAGCAGAGUUUCGAACUAAAAUCAAAUAUGAAGGUGCACUGUGGAUUUAUCCAAGGUGGUGGUGCUGACAUGGAUCCUUUAGACAUCAAAUAUGUUAAGAAGUGCAAAUUUGUCGUGGCAUCUGGUAUUUUUGAUGGCUAUGACAUCCCUCAUCAACCAUCAAAUAUAAGCGAUCGCUCAAAGAAGCUUUUUUGCUUUCUUAUGGUGGUGGAUGAAGUAUCUUUAAAAUUCAUGAGGGAAAAUAGUACUGUCAAAGAAGACAAUGCUGGUGGAAAAUGGGUGGGAAUUUGGCGACUUGUGCUUCUUAAGAAUCAACCUUAUGAUGAACCAAGAAGGAACGGGAAGGUUCCUAAAAUUUUGACCCACAGGUUAUUCCCUCAAGCACAGUAUAGUAUAUGGAUUGAUGGUAAAAUGGAGUUGAUCGUGGAUCCAUUGCUUAUCCUUGAGAGAUACCUGUGGCGAGGGAAGCAUUCAUUUGCCAUUGCUCAACAUAAGCAUCACCGCAGUAUAUAUGAGGAGGCUGAUGCAAACAAGAGGAGAAAGCGAUAUGCACGGCCCCUUAUUGAUCUACAUAUGAAAAUCUACUAUUAUGAGGGAAUGAAGCCAUGGAGUUUAGAUAAAAAGACUGUUAGUGAUGUCCCAGAGGGAGCCAUUAUCAUUCGCGAACAUACUUCCAUCAACAACUUGUUUAGUUGCUUGUGGUUCAAUGAGGUUCACCUCUUCACUCCCAGAGAUCAACUGAGCUUCGGCUAUGUCGCGUACAGAUUAGGCGAUGCCUUCAAAUUCUUCAUGUUUCCAAACUGUGAAUACAAUUCAAUUUUUGUGUUGCACCCUCACACAAGAGAGCACUCUUCUCCCAUUGAAUGGGUUAAAGAGUUGGAUCAACUUAAGAAGCAUAGCAAUUUAAAAGAAAGUAGGGGAGGAUUAGGCUUGUUUACCCCUUAUCCAGGGGAUCUUGAUUCAGUUGUUCUGCCAAAUGUAACAAGAACAUCAAAAGCUGGCUGACAUUUCUGUUUAUUGUUUUAACAUCUACUCCAAUGAUCUCUUGAUGUUGAUUUUGUUUAAUCUUUUAAUGAAAGUAAAGUAAAAGCUCUUCAAGCUUC